AUGGAACUAGGAAUGCGAACUACGAGGCUUGAAUCUGCUUAUGGAGACUUCCUCAACAGUCAAACUCGUAUAGAAAUAUUGGAUCCCCGUGAAGAACAGCUAGAAGAACGCUUGGCUGUAGAAACAGCCUACUAUGAGACUAUUUCACCGGCUAUGGUCUUUCUUGAAUCUACAAAAACAAAUCAAAGAAGAGCAAGCGAAGCCUCAAGCCGCCAAGGCUCUGCGGACAACAUGGGACGAUAUGACACUCAAUCAGCUAUAAGACUGCCGCCAAUCUCACUGCCGGAAUUCAACGGAGAUUACAAACAGUGGCUGAGCUAUCGGGACACGUUUGAAUCACUUGUUCAUAGCAACAACCACCUUCCGGAUAUCCAAAAGUUGCACUAUCUCAAAUCUUCAUUGAAAAACGAGGCGGCUCAAGUCAUUGAGUCCUUGGAAACUUCAUCUGCGAACUAUGUGUCAGCUUGGGAACAGUUACGCGAACGAUAUGACAACAAUCGAAAAAUGGUCGGAAUCCACAUCCAUGCAGUAUGCAGUAUGUCACCAAUAGCAAUAGCAUCGUCAGUUAAUUUGAGAAGGCAUCAGAACGGUUUAAAUAGUCAUCUACGAGCCUUGAAGGCUCUCAAGCUUCCGGUAGAUCAUUGGGAUGCCCUGGUCAUCCACCUAAUGGUAGAAAAAUUGGACGUGGAAUCACACCGUCUGUGGGAAUCUAGCCGCUCCAGCAACUCACUUCCUUCAAUGCAAGAUUAUCUUACAUUCUUGAAUCAACGAUGCCUGAUUCUGGAGUCCAUUGAAACAAGAUCAAACUACGGUCAAGCAGCACGACCAACCUCAUAUGACGCCAACACUAAUCAGUACGCACCAAAAAAGCGAUCCUACACCACCGCCUUCGCCACUACUGACAAGUCAAUCUCAUCAUGUACAACAUGCAGUGGCGGCCAACAUCCGCUGUACGCUUGCCGAGAGUUUCUGGGAAUGACCAUCAACGCACGCAGAGAACACGUGCGUUCAAAACGACUAUGUUACAACUGCCUCCUGCCGGAUCACGCGGCUAGGCACUGUUCACAUGGGUAUUGCAGGACUUGUCAAGGUAAGCACCAUACAUUAUUACAUAUAGAUUUCUCAACGGGAGUUCAGGCGGUAGCAGCCACGGAAACUGGCGAGAAAAAUCAAUAG